CACUCCUCUUACCUCCACUCCCCAAAACCUCCUCAAAAAAAAAUCAAGAGCAAAUCCAUGGCGGUAGUUCGAGAACGGCGCCAUCUCAACCUACGCCUCCCCAUUCCUGAACUCUCCGACCGCCGCCCACGCUUCCCCUUACCCCUACCUCCCACUGCCGCCGCCACCACCACCACCUCCUCAGCUACCAUCUCUGCCGGCGACCUCGAAAAGCUUCAGGUUCUCGGCCACGGCAAUGGUGGCACUGUCUACAAGGUCCGUCAUAAGCGAACCGGCGCUUUCUACGCACUAAAAGUCGUUCACGGCGAAUCCGAGACCGACGUCCGCCGCCAGGUCCGCCGGGAGAUGGAGAUCCUCCGCCGCACCGACUCCCCCCACGUGGUCCGCUGCGACGGCACCUUUGAGAAACCGUCGGGGGACAUCGCGAUUCUCAUGGAGUACAUGAACGUUGGCACCCUGGAGUCGCUGCUUAAGACCCACGGAACCUUCUCCGAGCCCAAGCUCGCCGACGUGGCGCGACAGGUUCUUAACGGGCUUAACUACCUCCACGGUCACAAGAUCAUUCACCGAGACAUUAAACCGUCGAAUCUGUUGGUCAACGACAAGAUGGAGGUGAAGAUCGCGGACUUCGGAGUCAGCAAAAUCAUGUGCCGAACGUUGGACCCGUGUAACUCCUACGUGGGCACGUGCGCGUACAUGAGCCCGGAGCGUUUCGACCCGGACAGGUACGGCGGGAACUACGACGGGUAUGCCGGCGAUAUAUGGAGCUUGGGGCUGACCCUGUUGGAGCUAUACUUGGGUCAUUUCCCGUUUCUGCCUCCGGGUCAGAGACCCGACUGGGCGACCCUGAUGUGCGCGAUUUGCUUCGGCGACCCCCCUAGCCUGCCGGAGCACGCGUCGGAGGAGUUUCGGAGCUUCAUCCAGUGUUGCUUGCAGAAGGAGUCGAGUAAGAGGUGGACGGUGGCUCAGCUCUUGACCCACCCGUUUGUGUGUAAAGAUCCGAGAUGAGUUCCGGGUUAACGGAUCUGACAAUUUUGGGCACUGCUUCUUCCAAGUUUUUGUAUAUAAAGGGGCUGGAUCCGAUUUGCUCUUCUCAGUUUUCUGUACAUUCUUUCAAAUCUUCGUUACUUCUGUAACUUUUAGCAGUAAAAAUCUGCUUCUGAAAUAGAAGAAAUUACAUUUAUUAA